AUGGCACGUAACAAGCGCACGCCAGUCAAGAAGAGGGCUCACCGAGCUUCUCGCGAGCUGUCGAACCAUGAGGCCUCGGGCGGCGUGAAGGAGCCGCGCCGCUACCGCUACGCGCCCGGUACCAAGCCUAUACGCGAGAUCCGGAAGUGGAGCACCGGUCUCCUCCUCAUCCCGAAGGAGGCGUUUGCGAGGCUCGUCCGGGAGAUAUCGGACAGGUGGGAGCGGACCCCGGAGCGGGUCCGGUGGACCGAGCAGGCCCUUCGGGCCCUGCAGGAAGCGGCGGAGGCCGCCAUGGUCGGGCUCUUCGAGGUCGCCAACCUGUUCGCCAUCCACGACAAGCGCGAAACCAUCACGCCCAUGGACAUCCAGCUGGCCCGCCGCAUCACGGAAGCCGCCACAACUACAGGGGCUGUCACAACUACAGGGGUCACGGGGGCUGCCAGGGAGGACGCGUCGGACGUGCCGCCCAGGGCUCCGCCAGGGGAUUUGUAG